AUGGCUUUUUUAGCAUUCCUUGCUUCAUCAAACGAAAUAUCCUAUAUAAACUGCUAUUGUUCGUCCCUUUGAUGCAUGCCUAUCCUCUUCAUAGGAAGUUUUAUUUGGAUAUCGAUGGAGUAUUAUUUUCAGAAAUAUACUUGGAUUCUAAGUCUUCGUUGAAGUUUUUCUAUGUUUUUACUAAAAGCAAUGUAUGCUUUAUGAGGUUUGGCAGAAGAGCAUGCAAAUGAAUUGAGAGAAUUAAUAUUCUUAUUAAAUACAAUGGAAAAAAUUGGAGUUAUUUAGUAUAUCCCUCAAAAAUAAUCAUCAGAAUAUACCUCAGUCUUCGUUGAAGUUUUUCUAUGUUUUUACUAAAAGCAAUGUAUGCUUUAUGAGGUUUUGGCAGAAGAGCAUGCAAAUGAAUUGAGAGAAUUAAUAUACCUCAGAAUAAUCUUCAGGAUAAAACCCAAAAAGAAAACCCUUAUAAUAUUCUCGCUUCUGAAGGCACUGAAAUGACUUAA